AGCUCACUCUCCGACUCGAGAGGCACAGUGGAGCUCUCUUUCUUUCGGCUCUGCUGGGACUUUGCUCCUUCAUUUGGAAAUGACUUUGUUUGGAUGAAACUACUUUUCUUGAGGAAAACAAGGGAAUCUCCUGGGUUCAGCCAUGGAGACUCUGCACGCAUUCAUUUCGCUUCAGAUUAUCCUCAGUUUCGCACACCGAGGUUUGGGAUUAACGUCUGAUUAUAAAACGUGUGGAGACCCAGCAUGUGAACGCAUGAUGAGUCGCGUGCAGGCCCUGAGAGACCACCACUCUCCGGACUGCAGGUUCCUGAGCUUUAAAAAAGGAGACAUGAUCGUUGUUUACCACAAACUUUCAGGCAAAAGAAACGACGUUUGGGCUGGCAGUAUAGGCAAGCAGUCUGGAUAUUUCCCCAAAGACGCUGUCAGGGUCGAUGAGGUUUUUGUCGAUGAGGCAAAAGAAAUGAAGAUGCCCACUCAGAAAUUUGACUUCUACUGCAUGGAUGAAUUUGGCUCAAUAAUUGAGAGUGAUUCCAAUGAAAUCGACGAUCAAGACGAUCAAACUGCAGAGUCUGAAGAAUUAGGUAACAGUGAUUUUGAUGAUCGACUCUCAAAAUCUGCUGAAACAAAUUACAAUAUCAAAACCAAGGAAGCCCAGAGUGCCACUCAAGAGUCUUCCAAACAGGAUCCUGAGAAAGCCGAAAAAAGUGGGUCCUCCUGGAUCGGCUCUGCUGUGAAUGGCUGGUUUGGUGGUGGUGGUGAAGAAAGGCAUGAUGAACCCCCAGAGGAAGGCAGUGAUCAGGAGUCCUUCAAGGGCAGAAAACUAGCCUUGGACAUUGAUGAAAACCAACUGCAGGUGGAAAAACAAGGUAAAACAUUUGGGUGGAUUGGAAAUGAGCUUACCAAUGUUUUCGGAUUUGGGGAGAAAGCUUUAGAAGACAAUACCGAGGAUUCACCUGAGGACAUAAUGCAAAAUGAAGAGAAUUCUCCCAGUACACAGUCCAGUUGGCUGGAAAUGGGACUAAAAGGUGUUUUGAGUUUUGCAGGUGGAGACAACCCGGUAAAAUCUGAAGCUGAAGACAAAAAUGGAGCCGCAAUUCCUAAAGAUGAGAAGAAUUUUGAACCCACCCAACCUUUGGACAGCGUUGAGGCCUCACAAGGUGACAACAAUGAGCCAAAUCAAGGUGAAAGACAAGAGGCCUCAAGUUUUAUAGAGGAAAAUGUGGAUUCUUCAGCUUAUACAAACAUUGAAAGUGAGAAAAUACAUGGAAAAGAGGAUUCAGGGUGGUAUGGCAGCAUCUAUAACCAAUUUUCCAGCUUUUACGGAGAUGCUAAAGAAGAAAGCGACAUUAGUAAUGAUGGUGGAGGAGAUGGCUUGUCAGAGGCAGAUGUCCAACAACCAAUUCAAAACAUAGAAGAUAUAGAAGACGAGGGAGGAAAAGGUUCAGACGCAGUGCAGCCUUUAUUCUCUGUCGAUCGCCUUUCGACAGUGUUUUCACGAUUUCAGUCAGACACGGCUGACAAAGAAGUGCAAAGUGAGGAAGAAAGGCCUCCAGAACAGACAGAUUCAGGUAAGGCAGUCUUUGAUGAUGGGCAGAGUGAUAACGAUGAAGAAAGCACUGGAGAUGAUGAGAUUAACCUUAACUCAGCAGAUUUGAUUAGUGAAAUGCAGCCGUUAUCUGAUGAAGAGCUUACUUUGGAAGUUAGUACUGUUUCUGAUGACGUAAGAAAGACAGAAGACUUUUCCCAAGAGCCCAACAUACAGGGUGAUGAUGCACGUGAAAGCAAAGAAGCAGAAAUUCAAGAAGUAAAGCAGGCUGUUGACGUCGUCCAGACUAAAAGGAAUACAGACAGUUCAGAGACGGAGCAAAGCCAAGCAGAUGAGGAAAACAAGGAAGAUACAGACAGUUUUAGUGAAAAGAUGACUCUUAUGUCUGAAUUUGUUGAGUCUGUUGCUUCAAAGCGGUCAGAAAACCUGACAGAGAAGAGAUUCCCCAGUGAGGAACCAGCAGAUAUAGACGUACUAGAAGUAGACGCUGAAUUAGACCAAAGUGUAGACCAUGAUCAACCAAGUCUCUCCACUGAUCAAAGUGAGGACAUCCAAUCAAUAUUUAGAAGUGAUGAGACUGAGGCUUUAACUGGGGAUCCAGAGCUAAAAGAGCUGGUAGAAAGUGGCCAUUUGGGUGAUAUUUCAUAUGGAGCAGGCCAAAGCCGUUUAAAUAUUUACAGUGAGACCAAGACAGCUAAUGUGGACACAUUAGAGGCAGCACAGCUGGAGAAUCUGACGUCAGACGGAGAUAAAGUAGAUUCCACAACACCUGAAACAUCAGAAAGCCACAAGGACGAUGUAAAUGCAAGGGACGAUAAUAAAGAUGAUGAUGAUGAUGCCAAAACAGAUGGAUUUAGCAGCUAUCUUGAGUAUUUGAGCGAACAAGAAGGCAUUAAAUCCGAGACAGUAGCAGCCAACACCGGAGAGAUAGCCCAGGAGAGUUUGGUUGUUAAUAAAGAUGAAGAAAUCCCGCUUGAUCCAAAAACAAACGAAUUCAGCAGCUAUUCUGAAACACACUCAGGUUCAGAUCAUCAGAAAGGAGAUGAAUCCAUUCUGGGGUCAAGAACAGAGCAGACAGAGUUAGCUGCGGAAAAAGAAAGUGUAGAGAGUUUAGGCAUCCCUCUCAGUUCAGUUGAAAACAAAGAGGAAUGGAAGUGUGAGAAUGAUCCGGCUGACUCCAAACAGGAAUACGCUAUGCAUGAGAAGCUAGCAGAUGCUACACUAAGCCAGACUCAAAGCCAGCCAGAAGAAACUAAAGAGAAAAUCCCAUCAAAGCACAGCCCAGCCAGUGAACAGCCCGGUGAUUUUAGCCAUGCUAAUGGAGAACAUAGUGAUCAGGUUAGCUUAGCCAAGGCUGCUGCUGACCUUACAGCCCUUGACAUUAGCUUAGAUAGCACUGAAGACAUUCCAACGUCUGAGGAAAGUGGUUCUCUCUCAGAAAAUGAAAAUCAGAGCGAAUCUGAACACGAAAAAGCAGUUCAAAACGCUAGCAAGCAUGCUAACGCACUUGACGGAGAGCAUAGCAAUAAAGCUAGCUUAGCCAAGGAGGCUAAUACAGAUCAUAACAUCAGUCUAGAUAGCACUGAAGACAUUCCAACGUCUGAGGAAAAUGGUUUUCUCUCAGAAAAUGAAGAUACGUUGGAGUUUGGAGAUAGAGAACCAGUUCAGAACGCUAGCAAGGAUGCUAACACACUUGAUGGAGAGCAUAGCAAUAAAGCUAGCUUAGCCAAGGAUGCUAGUACAGAACAUACUACCCUUGGCAUUAGUCCAGACAUUAGUGAGGACAUUUCAUCUCAAGAAAGUGAAUUUCUCUCAGAAAAUGAAAAUCAGAUGGAAUUCAGACAUGAAGAACCCAUUCAGAGUGCUAGCAAGGAUGCUAACACACUUGAUGGAGAUCACAUUAGCUUAGCCAAGGGUGACACUGAUCGUGCUGGACCUGACAUUAGCCAGGACAGCACUGAAGGCUUCACCACGUCUAAGGAAAGCGCAGCUCUCUCAGAAAACGAAUCUGAGCUUCACAGCAAAGAUGCUUACACACUUGAAUAUGAUGAUGGUGUUGCACCAAAAGUGGACACUAGAAGCUCAGAUACAGCUGAAGAAGAAAGGAAUGACGAAAGCAUAAUAGAUGAUCCAAUAGGGAAUAAGAAAGAGCUGGAUGCUGUGGAGAAACACCUUCUAAGUGUCUCUCAAAAACAAGAAGAAGUGACAGAAACUGUGGAAAAAGAGCACCAAACAUCUAACAGCAUAGAUGCCCAAAUCUAUGAUGCGCAUAAAUCGGCAGAGAGGCCUCAAAUGCCCACAAGCAAAAGAUAUCCCACCCUGCAUGUUCAUCUGAGUGAGGAGAAUAUUAAGGACCUUUUGGAGGUUUUUGGUGAGCACCGAUUAUCGUGGCUGGACCACAACCUCAGACAAGAGGAAGAGGUUGGAACAGGUCAAGGAGAAGAUAAUGAAGAUCUUUCUAGGCUUAGUGACUUUGAACAAACUCUGGAAAAUCUCAUGAAAACAGGAACCAAAAAUGACGAAGAUGAUGCCAGUCUGCUUGUUGAGACCUGUGCUAAAGUAGACGCCCUUUUAUCCAGGCUAAGAGAGAAGUUUAUGCCUGUGAUAGGAGAUGGCAGUGUAGAUAAAAGCCCAGAACCCAGUCCAAAGGAGUGUGGCGAUGAAGGUUGUGCCACUUCGAAUGAAGAAACUCCAGACUAUGAGCAAGACACUGGAAAGGAUCCUGAAGUUGAAGAAAGCUCAAGUACAGACACAUCGGAAAGCCUGAUCAAUAACGCCUUCUCUGAUGAGCAAGGCCUGUCAGAAGAUGUAGCUGAUGAGAAUCCCGUACCAGAGGACACCCAGGUGCAGGACGGAGAUGCAGGGCCGUCAGACUGGAUGACCACAAGCAAGAAAACUGAAUCGCACCCUGAUGAAAAUCGUAGCACUGAGGAGUUUGUGGAGCCUGAAGAAACUAAGAAUGGAGGAAGUCUAUAUCACUACGCAGCUUUUGUUGGUCAAGUCACAUCUGAUACCUUUGCGUGUGUCAUAAAGGAGAGUGCACACCUGAUGGGCGUCAUUAGUGAGGUCGUGUCCUCCCUUCCUGAUGAUAUCAGGCCGGGUCCUGACCUUUACGGCCUGCCGUGGGAGGUCGUCCUGUUCACCACAUCGAUAGGAUUGCUCAUCGUGCUUCUCUUCAGCUGCAGGUUCGUCCACUCGAUUAAAAGCAGAUUAUAUGCAAGUAAAGAGAGGAGAAUGGGACAGAAGGUGGCGGAGCUUCUGGAGGAGAAGUGUAAAGUGCUGGAGACACUGAGCGAGUGCAAACACAAGUUUGAGAAGCUGGAAGCUGCAUUACAGAAUGGAGGAGUUUCAGCUCAAGAAGCAGAGAGAGAAAAUUUAGAGGUAACGUCUAAGAAGCUCGAGCAGUCGAACGCGGAGAUGAAAAGCGAUAUAGAGAGGCUGCAGGAGGAGCUGGAGAGCCAGAGCAAGCUCAGAAAACAACAGGAAGAGCAGCUUGCGGACCUGGAAGAGACUUUAAAAAGCCUGGAAGACGAGGCUAAAGAACAGAAGUCACAGUUGGAGCAGGAUAAAACCACACUGAAAAUCCAUGAGAUGAACAGCGAGAGGCUGCAGAAGAAACUGCAGACGGCCAAGGAGGAGAACACAAUGCUGCUGGAGAGCAAAGCUCAGUUGGUGCAGGAGGCGGAGGGCUGGGGCGAGAGGCUGAGUGAGUUGGAGGAGGAGAUGAGGAUGUGUGAGAGAUCACACGCCGGCAUGGUGGAGGACUGCACGAACAAAGACGAUCGCAUCAAGUCAUUAACAGACUGCCUGUUGAAGAUGAAGGACUGGGAUUCAGAGGAGGAGGGCAGUGUGGACAGCAGCAGCGACACCGCUGGAUCAGAGAAAGGAAACCCUGCAGAUCUCCGUCAGAAGCAGAAAGUGCAGAGGCUGAUUUACGCAGCUAAGUUGAGUGCAGACCUGAAGGCCAUGGAGGAGGAUAAAGACAGAGUUGUUGCCAAACUUGCAGACGAGAUUAAAGCCAAAGAAGAUCUACAAGAGGGUAUUGAGCAGAUGCAGGUGGAGAAAGAGUCUCUGGAGUCGGAGAGCUGCAUGUACUCCAGUGAGAUCCAGAAACUGCAGCAGAAACUGCAGAUCAUGACGGAGAUGUACCAGGAGAACGAGCUCAAACUGCACAGGAUGUUAACAGUGGAGGAGCGGGAACGCUCGCAGAAAGAGGAGAAGCUCACCAAGGCCGGCAAGAAGAUCAGCCUGGCUGCCGAGGAGUUAAACACUUACAGACAAAGAGCUAAAGAACUGGAGGAGGAGCUGGAGAGGACCAACCAGGCCUACAAAAACCAGAUUGCUUCACAUGAGAAGAAGGCUCAUGAUAACUGGCUGGCUGCUCGGGCUGCAGACAGAGACCUCGCCGACGUGAAGAGGGAAAACUCUCUGCUCCGACAGCGACUGACGGACUACCAGUUUAAAUUGGAGCUCAUGGAGAAAGAGCCCUACGCAAGAGACGCUCCAGUCAGACCAGUGUUUAGAGGUGAGAGAUCUCCAUAUGGACCCUCUCCGCUUGGACGGCCAUCCUCAGAAACGCGGGCCUUCCUGUCCCCCCCAACUCUGAUGGAAGGACCCCCGCGACUCUCCCCACAGUUUCCCAUAGUGCCUGGCGGCAGAGUGUCCCGUGGUGUUGUGGAGCCCCCUGCUGGUGGUUUAGAGUGUGAGAGGAGCGGGCCUCUCUCAGACAGUGGCUCAGCGUCUCCUAGCUGGGAGAGAGAGCGCAGGGGUCCCGGGGCCCCCCCAGGUCCCCCUCCUCCAGACCCAGGCAUGCCUUACAGGAGGCCCCCUCCCGGACCCUUUCCCAUGGGCCCCCCACCCCCACGGCCCCCGCCUCCUGAGUCCUACUUCGGAGAUAAACCUGACUUGCCGUUUCUGGGAAACAGCUCAGGACCCGGUGGGAACGAGAGCAGAGACAGCCUGCACUCAAUACCCGAUGAUGCGAGACCGCCUCCUGAUGCCGAUAUGAGGAUGGGCCCUCCACCAGGCCUGCCAAUGCGUCUGACCCCUCCCAUGGACCCCAGAGACCCCCACUUCCCCCACAGAAUCCCAUACGGACCCCUAGACUACUUCCCCCCUCGGGGACCUGGCGGACCCCCACUGGGCAUGCGAGGGCCACCCCCUCCCGGAAUGUUUCCCAGAGCUCCGCUGCCUCACCCCAUGGCAUACCCACUCAUGAGACCUCCACCAGAUGGAUUUUUACCCGGACCUCAUCUUAGACCCCCGCCGCCAGACAGCUUUCAACCUGGACCCCCUCUUAGACCCCCACCACCAGACAGUUUUCAGCCUGGACCCCCACCCAGACCCCCACCACAAGGCAGUGAACAGCCACCGGAACAGCUUCCCUCUCCACACGACGUCAUCUGAACUACGACUGGGCGAUAUGGCAAAACCUUUAAUAUUGCGAUACUUGAAGAUCUCAUGAUACACGACACGUAUCAGGAUAUUUAAUUUGGCUGAGAUUUAGAAAAUGCUGAAAUUACACCCAGACCUGGAGAAAUUCUACUAAUGUUUAAACUUGUAGCAUUACUGAGUGAGUGAGGUGUAAACAGAGAGAUCCAGAGUGUUUUGGUGUGAAACGGUUCAGACGUCUUUACAGUGGUGGUGAUGGGAACCAGGCGUCGCCAUGACUACAACACAGAUAUAGACACUUUA